CGGGCGGGCCGCGGGCCGCCUUGCCCCUGAGGAGCGGAAGGGGCGGGGCGGGACGGUGGCUGAGUCUGACGCCUCCUCUCCAGUCGCGGUGCCGCGUCAGUGUUCCUGUGGCCUUUGUUGUGGACUUGCGCAGCCCUCGCAUGACCUCCGGAUUGGGAGGAGGGAGCCUUGUUCUGGCCCCUGCUGUGGCCCGGCCUGGCAGCGGAAACCUGACAAGUCCCCUCCCUGACGCACCUCAGCCUCCCCCGCUGAUAAGUUUGUUAACCUCCUUCCGGCGCUAAACAACCCACGGCUCCCGGAGGCGUGGCCUGAGGGGCGGAGCCUGUGGGCGUCCUGGAGAUGGUGCCUAGCAACGUCAAGGGCUGGCCUGGGCGAGGAGGUCCUCCUGGAAGGGAAUUCAUGAAAAACUCCAGAGAGGAUGCUCUGGAGCUUGACCCAGCUCCCUCACAGCACAUCCCAAAGCCAUGGGUGAAUCCAGUCCCAAAGAAGACCCUACAGCACAUCUUUGGGACCAGCCAGGUGUUCCAGAACAUUGAUUAUGUAAAGCCAAAGGUCGCAGGAUUAACUGUGCCCCUCAAAGUCAGGGAGUACUACCAUCAAGGCCAGCAGUGCUUGGAGAAAGAGGACUGGGAGAUGGCCGUGCUGUACUUUUCCCGCGCCCUCCACCUGGACUCUCAGCUGGUAGACUUCUACGCUUUACGAGCUGAGGCCUACAUCCAGCUCUGUGACUUCUCCUCGGCCGCCCUGAACCUGCGAAGGGCCUACUCCUUCCAGCGGGAGAACACCAAGUACCUGGAGCGGCUAACCUUCGUCCUUUACCUGCAGGGCCAGUGCCUGUUUGAGCAGCGCGCCUUCCGGGAGGCCCUGAAAAUCUUCUCGCAAGCCUCUGUGCUGCAGCCCGAGAAAGCCAGCUUCCGUUACCGAUGCAUGGCCUGUCUCCUGGCCCUCAAACAGCACCAGGACUGCCUCUCACUCGUCACCAAGGAGGUGCAGCUUGGCACGACCAAUCCUGAUGUCUACAUCCUCCGGGCCAGGCUCUACAACUUCUUCCAGAAGCCCAGCCUCUGUUAUCGAGACCUGCACAGCGCCUUGCGGAUGGAUCCCAAGCACCCACAGGUCAAGGUGCUACUCGGGAUGAUGGUGGACCAAGCCCAGCAGGCUCGCCAGGACGCCGGGAUCCUGGCCGUGCAGGGCAAGCUUCGGCAUGCUCUGCAGCGCAUCAACCUUGCCAUCGAGAAUAACCCUCUGGAUCCUGACCUCUUUCUCUUCCGGGGCACCAUGUACCGCCGCCUCCAGGAGUUUGACGCUGCUGUGGAGGACUUCCUGAAGGCGCUGGACAUGACGAGCAAGAGCCAGGAGGACACGGUGCGGCAGGUGCAGCGACAGCUUCUGCUGGCCUACAACGACUUCGCGGUGCACUGCUACACGCAGGGCGCCUACCAGGAGGGCGUGCUGCUGCUCAACAAGGCCCUCAGGGACGAGCAGCAGGAGAAGAGCCUGUACAUCAACCGUGGAGACUGUUUCUUUCAGCUGGGCAACCUGACCUUUGCGGAGGCGGACUACCAGCAGGCGCUGGCACUGAGCCCACAGGAUGAGGGUGCCAACGUGCGCAUGGGCCUGCUGCAGGAGAAGUUGGGCCUCUGCGAGCAGAGGAGAAGGCAGUUCCAUAAGGCGGAGAGCCACUUCUCAGUGGCCAUCCAGCACAGCCCCCAGAGGGCCCAGUACUACCUGCACCGUGCCAGGAGCCGGCAGUUCCUGCAGAACGUUUUGGGGGCCCGCCUGGAUGUUGCCACCGUCCUGCUCCUCAACCCCAAACAACCUAAGCUGCUCCCGCUGGUGACCAGCCUCUUCCCGGGCAUGUCGGUGGAGGAGGUGCUCAGCAGCCAGGUGGCCCACCUGGCCCGCCUGCAGCUCGAUCGGGUGUUGGAGAGAAGCCUGCAGGCUGGCAUCCCUCAGGGCAUCGUGGGGCAGCUCAGGGAGCGGGAGCGAGAGCGCCAAAAGGCACGGGCCCUGCGGCUCUCGUGGAAGCAGGAACGGCCUCUGGCUGAGACUUCUGAAGAGCUCAAGGCCACCCCACAGACCCCAGAGGGAAAGCCAGAAGGUCCAAAGGAAGAAGCUGAGGCCCCCGAGGAGGAGGGAAAACAGGAGGAGAAGCCGAAGCCCCCACCCAGCAAGGCGAGGUCCCUGUCCAACAGCUACGUCAUCCAGACCUCCUCAGGCUCCAUCUCAGGCUUCAGGGUCAUGUCCAGCCCAGAGACAGAGAAGUCCACUAGCUACCAGGGAUACAAGAGCACCUCAGCCACUGCUGUGACAUCCUCCAGCUCCUCACUGCUGAAGACUCAAUCCUCAGACCUGCUGGAGAACGAGGAAGACCUAAACUUGAGCCGCAGCCCCAGAAAAACUGAGGCCACCAAGGGCCAGAGCCAGAGGCCCAGCAAGACUGAGGCAGCCCAGGGCCAGGACCGCAGGCCCAGAAAGACCGCGGCCACCCAGGGCCAGGACCGCAGGCCCAGAAAGACCGCGGCCACCCAGGGCCAGGGCCGCAGGCCCAGCACGACUGAGGACGAGGAAGCCCAGGGUCAGAACUGUAGUUCCAGCCAGACAGAGGCUACCCAAUGCCCAAGACAAAAGCCUAACAAAACCAAGGACACUAGAGGCCCAAGGCAGAGGUUCAGAAAGGCCAAAGGUGCCCAUGGCCAGAGCUGGGGACCCAGUAAGGCUGCCACCCAGGGCCAGUGCUGGGGACUGAUCCGAAGUUCCAGUAAGACCAAGGAUUUCUAUGGUCCAAGUUGGAGCACCAGCAACACAAAGGCCACUCAGGGCCAAUGUCAGAUGCCCGACGAGAUCGAGACUCCCCAGAGUUGGUCUCCCCAGAGCACAAGCUCAGAUUCCAGCAAGAUGGAGGUGACCAGGGGACAGAGCCCAAGUCUCAGAAAACCCCAGACCACCUAGGGCCUGAGCCAGAACCCCAGAAAAAUCAAGGCUGACCAGGAUCCCAGCCCCAGCAGUUGCAUUGUUCCCUGAAGGGACCAUUCAGCCCCCCUCACUUCUUGCUAACCAUGGAAGAGAUUCUAAAUCUCCACCCCCCACUCCACACACUCACUGGGGUUCAGCAAAGUAGCCUCCUACCGGAGCAAUUAGAUAGAUACCUCAGCCAACAUUCCUCUGGUCCCAUGGCUAAGUUUAUUGUAUUUGUUCUCAUAAAAUUAAAAACUUUAAAAACUAG